AUGCAUUAUAGAAUGAAGUCGGCCGUAGGAGUAUUAGUCUUCGGCCUGUUUGUAGUCUCUGUUGGUGCUUCUACCAGACAGCUAUUGCUGUUCUUGAACAGUACAUAUACCGACAGGUUACAGGAAUUAUGGGAGGGCCACUCAGGUUCUACAACAGUGACUGACGAUAUCUACAGGAAUAAAUAUUUGCUAGAGGAAUGGAAACUCAACAGAACAGUUCCAUUUAAAUUAUCAUUGAUACUACGGAACUCGUUUAACCAUACUUUGUUUAGAAUAUUCUUCAGUGUAUCAUACGCCACCAGUAUGUCAGAUUUAACCAGUGUGUUGAAUGGUUCAUAUGUGAUACCAACACAGUUCACAACAAUUACCGACGAAGUAGACACUAUGUUUGGAUCAUCCAGUAUACCAUUAUCUAUCAGGAGCCGUAAUGAUAGUUUGAAGGCCUACUUUGCCGUCGUCAAUACCUAUAAUGAUACCAAACUGCUGUUUUUGAAGCAUGAACAGAUUCCAUUCAGUGUAGGAAAUAGUGUCAUAUCAACAACCUACCAGUAUUGUGUUAAGUACUAUACCGGAUAUGAAGCCAUUGUAUCUCGUUCUUCUGAAGAAUUGACAUCCAUCGAUUCCUGCGCAUGGUUUUGCAAUGACACCAGCAGUUUUGCAGUACAGUCGACAAGUAGCAUGAUGAUCUGCGAAUGUGUUCUCGGGUCAACCAAUAUCGCCCAGCAUAUAGUGGACGAUACCUUUUGUCUCCCUUUCACAUUUAAAGAUGAAAACAAUGACGAUAAACCCUGUGGAAUGUCACAAGUCAUGGCAGUUUACUCACAUGAUGUAACAAAUUUUGACAGCCACAGUGUUAUGUUCUCUGAAACAGAGGUAAAUUUGGCAGAUAACGACAAUUCAAAAACUUUCACGGUUGAAAUUGGAAAUGGAACAAGUGAAGAUAAAAUCAUAACUGGUAUUUCAAUCUCCAAAAUAAACUUUGCCAUCAGCAGUUUCACAUUUGAAUAUUCCGGAGAAAGUUGUUCAUAUAAUGAUUCGUUUCAAAGAUAUACUGAAUUUAACCCACAGGUGUUUGAUGCUUCAACAAUACAAAUGAUUGAACCUCUACGUACAUCGUGUUUGAGGUUGACAAUCUACCCAAGUGAUACUGCACUACCUGUUCAGCCUCGUUGUCUUGUUGUAUUAUACGAACCCUCUGAAGACUAUGUUACUGCAGAUAGAAUUGGAAUAUACGGAUAUUACCACGACAGCACAGUUGACACUAGUGGUUCUACAAUAGAAACAUCACAACUGGUGACCUCUAUACUCCCUACGUCACAUAUCGACACGGUGGCAUUGACAACAUCACAACUAGGGACCUCUAUACUCCCUACGUCAUAUAUCGACACAGCUGUAUUAUCAACAUCACAAUUAGUUACCUCUAUACUACCUACUUCACAUAUUUACACAGAUACUGUGGUUGCAUCGCAAGGAACUACAUGUACUUCCUCACCAACAACUGUUUGUUCCGAUGAUACUACGCCUACAACAGAGGGAAUCACAGAACCGACACGUUCUCAAGAAAAAUCGAAUACUUUGACAUGCUUGUCUUUCUGCUAUCAUAAAUAUCAUAAAAACUUAACGAGAGAACAUGUUCAGGACAUCAGAGACGAAAUUAGACAGUUUCUGUUAGUUGACACAAAAACCCUCUCAUCACAAAUUAGAAAGAAGAUCUCAAUACGCGAUAGAAGACCUAGUGCUACGAUUAUAGGGACCAUUCCGAUCAGUAUUCUGUUAUCAAUUAUUGGGUGUGUUGUUCUGUCAGAUUUAAACAUUAUAAGGAUACAUGUUUACGGUAUGGUGAAAAAUAUAAAAGGAUUGUUAUCCUUUAUUAGAAGAUAA